UUUGCUGACCGAAACACACGAUUUUGCCCCUAAAAACCCACUGCUAGCGUUCGUUUUAAUUAAUUUUCGCGACAAUCGAUUAUUGAGUCGUUAUUUUUAAAAAAGGUCAAUUAAGUUUUUUCUGUUAUGGUUCCGUGUAAUCAUUGUAAUCCGAUUAAAUCGAUUGGCCAGCGCGGAUUUUGGCUACAAAUUUAUUGUUAAUUUGUUGUCUAUUGGUGGCGCCCUUCAUGGUAUUUGGUUCGAAAUUUGAAAGCACAGGACACAUGCAGGAUAGACAGUAAUUCUUACAAAAAAAGAUUUAGGCUACUUGUUUUUAUCAUAUUCACGGCCUAGCAGGGAUCGGAGCUUGUGAUUAAAAAUAUGAAUGGUCUAGCUAAGAGUAAAGGCAUGACAACCACCACCACCAGAAGCAAAAAGAUACCUGGAAGAAGUUUCGAAAAACCAAAAACAUUAAGCUAUACACAGCUGAAGGAAGAGAACGGCAUCUUGAAACAACGUAGCGUUGAUCUCGAGAACAAGGUUUCCAAGCAGAGCAGUGCUCUAAAUGUUGCACAGAGGAAUGCCAAGACGUUUGAGAAGGAAAACAAGACGUUGAAGGAGCAACUUGAAGAGGAAAAGCAACAGAACACAGAAUACGUUGAAAGUGUGACUAAGGAGUGGACUGCACAAAAAGAAACACUCACAGAUAAACUAGUGCGCUGUGAGACGAAGUUGGAGGACCUAGGUGUUAAUCCAGUGACUUUGAGUGACUGCAGCAAUACAGAGGAUGAGGAUGUGUCAAAGCGAGAGGCCUUGAAAAGGGCAGUCGUUCUGAAGGAGAAGUUGGUGGAGAAUAUCUCAAACGGCCAGAACCUCCUCCACAAAAUUCAAGAAAUCACAAUGCAGAGUCGAGACGCCUUGAAACAACUGGACAGCUGAGGAAGUGAUGUAUAUACAUGUAUGUUAUUCAUACUUUGCCAACUGUGGACCAACUUUUUUUGAAGUGGAUCAUUUCUCCAAGAAUGUUAUUCAAUUGUGUACUUAUAUGAAAGGUUUUCUUACCCUCUGAACAUUUUGUAUGCUCUGAGUAGUUCCUAAAAGAGGCAAAUUUUGUGACCUUGUGUUUAAAAUAUUAAAAUGUUUUGUACAAAACAACAUACACUAGCUUUCGAAAGCUCCAUCAGGGAUGUUAGUAGGCUCUGAAAUUUUUGUGCGAAUUUUGAGGUUAACAAGAGUGUACAAAGAUGUAUGGCAAAAAAAUAUGAACUGUGUAAUCAUAUUUUAAACCAUCAACUUUUUUGUGUUGCUAAACACAGCAGGCAUAACAUUUUUUUGAUAUCAGAGAAAAUACAUCACAAUAGAAAGAAAUGUGUGCAUCUUUCAGACCUUUCAUCCAGUUUUGAGACUUCUUUUUAAGUUGACAAUAUCACCCCUGCACAGGCUGCAAUUGCAUUUCAGUUUUUGGUCACCAGAAGCAUUACUUGACCUUUGUGUUAACACAGUGUAGUCAAUGUUGGGCCAUGGUAACUUUGUAUCUAUAACUUCAUGAGCCCCCCAAAAUGGUAAAGGAUAUCGAAUGAUUAUUGAAACUUACAAGUAAUCAUGUUUUCUCCUAACCCAUAAGCUGGAAAAAGAAAUGAGUGAGCACAGCACUGUGCUGAUGAAAUAAUUUCAAUUAAACUCGGUUAGAAAUACACUCAAA